CAUCCCCGUCUUUCUUUCUUUCUUUCUUUCUUUCUUUGUGCCCAACUCUGACACGACUCACAGUUUUUUUGGCACGAGCUGAAAGCCUCAAAGUAGUAAUGGUCCAGCUGCUCCAGCACUCGCAUCUGCACACUGUAUUCGCCGCCGCGACCACCACCAUCGGAGUCGGACAGUUUCCCCGCCGCCGUGCCAAAUUCCCCACCUCCCUUGUUCUUCUUCCUCGCUGCACCUCCUCCUCCUCCUCCUCCUCCUCAGGAGCUCCAAUGGACGCCAAUCCUCCUACCACCGCCAUGUAUCCUCUCCACCGCUGCAAAACCAUCUACCUGGUCAGGCAUGCCCAGGGUGUUCACAAUGUGGAAGGCGAGAAGGAUCACAGCGCCUACAUGUCGCCCCAACUCUUUGACGCCCACCUUACUCCAUUGGGCUGGAACCAAGUUGACUGCCUGCGUGAGCACGUGAAAAAAAGUGGACUUGCACAAAAGAUUGAGCUGGUUAUUACUUCCCCUCUACUGAGGACUAUGCAAACUGCAGUCGGGGUCUUUGGGGGUGAAAACUCUGUUGAUGGAGUAAGUGCACCACCAUUAAUGGUGGAAAAUGCUGGACAUAGUAGCCGGCCAGCUAUUUCCAGUUUGAACUGCCCACCGUUUCUUGCUUUUGAGGCCUGCAGGGAGCACUUGGGUGUGCAUCCCUGUGAUAAAAGGAGGAGCAUUACAGAAUACCACGCUCUCUUUCCUGCCAUUGAUUUUUCGCUGAUAGAGAAUGAUGAAGAUGUACUUUGGGAACCAAAUGUCAGAGAAGCAAAUUCAUCUGUCGCAGCUAGGGGCAUGAAGUUCAUUGACUGGUUAUGGACAAGGGAAGAGAAAGAGAUAGCUAUUGUAAGCCAUAGUGGAUUCUUAUAUCACACCUUAAGCAUGUACAGCAGGGAGUGUCAUCCAACCAUAAGAGAAGAAGUGGGCAAGCACUUUGCCAACUGUGAGCUCCGGUCGAUGGUGUUGGUCGAUACAAGCAUGCUUGGGUCUGAUUCCCCCAGUUACAACUACCCUGGAAGUAUUCCAGCUGGACUUGAUCUUCCUAGUGAUGCUGCACCUUGAGCAAAUUCAAGACCUGUGUUAGAGAUUGUUACCGUGCAUUGGUGCCUUGAUUAUUUUUCCCAGCCCAUUGACACUAUUCAAGCUAGCACUGGAAGUCAGAAACUUGGGUGAAUUCAAACAGCAUCUACAGAUAGAACUUACCAUUUGUUGCCCAAAAGUAUGAUCACGAUUUUACAGGAUAUUUUAUGCUUACAACUUUAGAGCAUAUCAUGUUUUAAAAUUUUACAAGAUACUUUAUGUCGUAUCUCAACACGUACUGAACUUGACUGUAAUAAACGUACGAUUUACAUAUUUUACUCAUGUACUUUGUGUUGCUUUUGUUUGCU